AUGGAUGAAUCAACAAUAAUAACAACAACAUCAUCAUAUAAUUGUGUAAAAUUAAAUAAAUUGAUUCAACACUAUAUUUUAACAUUGUUGUGUUGUAAAUUAAGUUCGUUUCAAACACUUGAAGAAUAUAUUCAAUCAUAUUACUAUAGAACAGAGUAUACCUAUAAGAAAACAGAUCGAUUCGAUGCUAUCCGAUACUUUCUAGAGGUUCCUUACAUCAAGGAUCUAUCUUUAGUCUGUAAAGAUUGGUUCGAAUACCUCUCGAUACUGAACUACCGAUACUUUUAUCAACCACAGCUAGCUAACGAUUGUAUAAGGGAAACAUCAAUAGAUGAACUAAAAUCAGACGAUGAUGAUGAUGAUGAUGAUGAUUCAGAUUCCAGUUCAGAUUCCGACUCAGAUUCAGAUUCCAGUUCGAAACUACAAGCUUCUAAAUCAUCACAAUCACAAACACCAAAAAUCAACAAUCUAUCGAAUAAAGAUAUCAUUUCCAAGCUUGAAUCACCAAAUUCACUCUAUCAGUUCAAUAACAUAACACAUCUAUACAUCAGUAAUCAAAGUAGAGUAGCAUCAGAGACCUUUCAUAAGAACAUAAUAGAUUUCAUUCAAAAAUUCCCAAAUCUUCAGCUAAUAACAUUGAAUACACAGUAUAUUGCUUUAUUUAAAGAUAUAAUUAAUCAUUUUAAGAAUAAUAAUUUAGUAGUAUAUGAAUUGUAUAUCAAAUUUAAUGAUAUUCGAUUUGCUAGAGAUUCACAUAGGAAACCCGAUGACUGGAAUGUGGAGAAUAUCAAAUCGAUGGCAGCCCUAAUGAAAGAUGUGCAACCAACAUUGGAAUUCGUACAUCUCGACUACAAUUCACUCAAGUAUAUCGAUAAAUCAUCACCGUUUUGCACUACCUAUCAAGUUAAAUCGAUUUUCGUUCAUCGGAAUAGGUUCGACACCAAGUAUUCAUUUACGUGGGAAGGCCUGCAAUACGUGGAGUUUGAAAAGCAAUGCCAUGUUAGUCUGACAGAUAUGAACAGCAUAGUACAGCUAAACAACCAUCAAAUCAAAUCGAUCAGAGCCAAAGUUGGGCUGGGUAAACUUGGCAACACCUCUCAAUCGCUAGACAACAAUGUUAGUAGCUCAAUAGAGAAAUGGGAGUCGUUGUGUACGCUGUUGGCCAACAACAAAACGCUGAAAGAACUGUAUCUCACCAACAUGAAUUACCGACAGCCUGUGACCGACCAGCUCAUUCUGGAGAGGUCGUCGCUAGCCGUUAGCAACGCGCUCAGAACCAAUGCCACCCUUGAGAGACUGUCGAUCUCAUGUCACAUUCUCUCACAGUCGUUCUACGAUUGUAUGAACGGCAAUGUCAAUCGUACUCUUCGGUACUUGAGGCUGAGAGACUACAAUCUCGAACAUCUCCGAUCGAUCAGCACAAUGCUUCUCCACAACACGACACUUUGCGAGUUGGAUAUUACCUCGGUUUUUAAUUAUAAAUACAUUACUUCAACAACAAGGAUUUAA